UGUUUUUCCCUCAGAUCAGAGAGCAAGGACCUGGAUUCUUUUUGCCAUCCUCUACAGUAGUGCGUUGCUGAUUGCCUGCUGGUAUCAUGGAGGCACAGCUCACCCAAGCCCUUCUCUGCCAUUGAUGAGGCAUCAGACAACAGCAGGAUCGGUCUAUCCCAUCCCGACUUUUGACUGAGACCCUAUAGUCUUGAGACGACCAAGAUAUGUUGCCUAACCAAGACGUCAGACCCAGUACUCGGGUGAAAUCUGAUGGUCUGUGAUUGCCAAGCCAGGAAACACCAGCUGGAAAAAGAAUAAUGGAAAAUUGUACAGACACAAAUAAUAGCUCCACUUGCACAGAAAUUCCCUACGAAGACAGCAAGACACUUCUGGUUGCAGUUUACAGCAUCGUUUUUGCCAUAGGCCUUCCGGCAAAUUGCUUAACUUCCCUGCUUACAUUUCUACAAAUACAAAGGAAUAAAGUAAUCGCCAUCUACAUUUUCAGUUUAUCAUUGUGUGAGCUGAUGUAUUUAAGUACCUUGCCUCUCUGGAUUAUCUACGUGCAAAAUGAGCACCGAUGGAAUAUGGGUAUACAGGCUUGCAGAAUAACAGGAUUCAUCUUUUUCUGCAACAUAUACAUCAGUAUUCUGCUUUUGUGCUGCAUUUCUUUGGAUCGUUACGUGGCCCUGGUCUAUGCUCUGGAAUCAAGGGGGAGAAGAGGACAGAAAAAAGCAAUCAUAAUAGUGUGUUUUCUCUUUGCUGUGGUUGCAAUAAUCCACACUCCAGUAUUUUACAUGGAAGAUAAUCCAGAACGUAUGAAUAGGAAGACCUGCUUUGAAACUUUGCCCCUUGACAUAAAAUUGGCUUCUUUCAGCUUUGCUAGAUUCCUAUUUGGAUUUGUCAUACCUUUCACAAUCCUCAUUUUCACAAACUACAAAAUUUUCCAAAGUACAAAAACAAGCAGCAGCUUGACUUGUCGCCAAAAAGCCAAAGUGAAGUAUCUGGCUGUCGCUAUUAUUGUCAUUUUCCUGAUCUGCUUUGCUCCCUACCAUGUGGUACUCAUAAUAAGAUCCAUAUACUUUAUGCUUCAUCAGAAUUGCUCAUGUCCAUUUGAAAAAAAUAUCUACUCAAUUUUUACAGCGUUUCUGUGUUUAGCCACUGCAAACAGUGUUGCAGAUCCAAUCAUCUACGUGCUGGUUAGUGAAAACGUCAGAAAAGAUUUUUAUAGGACUCUGAGAAGAUGGAGAUUGAACUCAGCCAGGCUGAAUUCAUCCAUUAAUCACAAGACUGACAGCCUAAAAUUGAAAAUGUCAAAAGAAUCACAGGAAGGAGGGCUAAAAGAAGAAAACAAAGAAAUACCAGAUUCAUCUGACAUUCAAAAGACCUGUAAUAGUGGCAAAGACCAAGAAGGUGGCAGCUAGCAGUUAGCUGCUGACACAAAUAAGAAGUUCCCACCACUAGCUGUGGGCUGCAGACUGCAGCACACGAGUAUUUGCAUUCUGAUGUCUGUAGGAAGUUUUGUCAUUGUGUGUGAGCCAGCAACUCCUUGAAGACGCUACAGGAGUGAUACUUCUUAUUUCUGUUUGUCUCCUACAAUAAAGUUCGUCCACCAGUAUCAUUGGUGAAAAUAUUUCUUACUAAGGACACGUGGAAUAAACUAAGUAAUUUACUUUGACUCAAAUUGAAAUCUUAAAAGCUUAUUUUUGGGGCUGACUUUUUCUUCAUAUGAAUUCAGAAGCAGUUUUAUCUUCUGAGAUGGACAAAAAAAUCCCUGCUGAGGAGAACAACAUAGGACCCAUUCUUAAGGUUGAAAUUUUUAGUUCUUGAGGACGUACAUGUUCAGAUUCUCAUACACAAACUCUGUUGU